UUGAUUGGCUGGAUCCGCCAUGCGGAGCGGCUAGGUGGUGCACGGGGCACGCGAGCGUAGGUGACCGGCGGCUUUCUCAGUUUUGGUGGAGACGGGCGCAUGUGGGCGCUUUGCUUGCUGCUGCGGUCCGCGGCCGGACGCACCAUGUCGCAGGGACGCGCCAUAUCGCAGGGACCCGCCCGCCGCGAGCGGCCGCCGAAGGACCCGCUGCGGCACCUGCGCACGCGAGAGAAGCGCGGACCGUCGGGGUUCUCCGGCGGCCCGAACACCGUGUACCUGCAGGUGGUGGCAGCGGGCAGCCGGGACACGGGCGCUGCGCUUUACGUCUUCUCCGAGUUCAACCGGUAUCUCUUCAACUGUGGAGAAGGCAUUCAGAGACUCAUGCAGGAGCACAAGUUGAAGGUUGCUCGCCUGGACAACGUAUUCCUGACACGAAUGCACUGGUCUAAUGUUGGGGGCUUAAGUGGAAUGAUUCUUACUUUAAAGGAAACCGGGCUUCCAAAGUGUGUACUUUCUGGACCUCCGCAACUGGAAAAAUACCUCGAAGCAAUCAAAAUAUUUUCUGGUCCAUUGAAAGGAAUAGAACUGGCUGUGCGGCCCCACUCCGCCCCGGAAUACAAGGAUGAAACCAUGACAGUUUACCAGAUCCCCAUACACAGUGAACAGAGGAGGGGAAAGCAUCAACCAUGGCAGAGUCCAGAAAGGCCUCUCGGCAGUCUCAGUCCAGAGCGAUCUUCAGACUCCGAGUCGAAUGAAAAUGAGCCGCACCUUCCACAUGGUGUUAGCCAGAGAAGAGGGGGCAGGGACCCUUCCCUGGUCGUAGCUUUCAUCUGUAAGCUUCACUUAAGGAGAGGAAACUUCUUGGUGCUCAAAGCAAAGGAGCUGGGCCUUCCAAUUGGGACAGCUGCCAUCGCUCCCAUCAUUGCUGCUGUCAAGGACGGGAAAAGCAUCACUCAUGAAGGAAGAGAGAUUUUGGCUGAAGAGCUGUGUACUCCUCCAGAUCCUGGUGCUGUUUUUGUGGUGGUAGAAUGUCCAGAUGAAGGCUUCAUUCAACCCAUCUGUGAGAAUGCCACCUUUCAGAGGUACCAAGGAAAGGCAGAUGCCCCCGUGGCCUUGGUGGUUCACAUGGCCCCAGAAUCUGUGCUUCUGGACAGCCGGUACCAGCAGUGGAUGGAGAGGUUUGGGCCUGACACCCAGCACUUGGUCCUGAAUGAGAACUGUGCCUCAGUUCACAACCUUCGCAGCCACAAGAUUCAAACCCAGCUCAACCUCAUCCACCCGGACAUCUUCCCCCUGCUCACCAGUUUUCCCUGUAAGGAGGGCCCCACCCUCAGCGUGCCCAUGGUUCAGGGUGAAUGCCUCCUCAAGUACCAGCUCCGUCCCAGGAGGGAGUGGCAGAGGGAUGCCAUUAUUACUUGCAAUCCUGAGGAAUUCAUAGACGAGGCACUGCAGCUUCCCAACUUCGAGCAGAGUGUGCAGGAGUACAGGAGGAGUGUGCAGGACGGCCCAGCCCCAGCAGAGAAAAGAAGUCAGUACCCAGAAAUCAUCUUCCUUGGAACAGGGUCUGCCAUCCCGAUGAAGACUCGAAAUGUCAGUGCCACACUUGUCAAUAUAAGCCCCGACACGUCUCUGCUACUGGACUGUGGUGAGGGCACGUUUGGGCAGCUGUUCCGUCAUUAUGGAGACCAGGUGGACAGGGUCCUGGGCACCCUGGCUGCUGUGUUUGUGUCCCACCUGCACGCAGAUCACCACACGGGCUUGCUAAAUAUCUUGCUGCAGAGAGAACGAGCCUUGGCGUCUUUGGGAAAGCCGCUUCACCCUUUGCUGGUGGUUGCCCCCAACCAGCUCAAAGCCUGGCUCCAGCAGUACCACAACCAGUGCCAAGAGGUCCUGCACCACAUCAGUAUGAUUCCUGCCAAAUACCUUCAGGAAGGGGCUGAGAUCUCCAGUCCUGCAGUGGAAAGAUUGAUCAGUUCGCUGUUGGGAACAUGUGAUUUGGAAGAGUUUCAGACCUGUCUGGUGCGGCACUGCAAGCAUGCGUUUGGCUGUGCGCUGGUGCACACCUCUGGCUGGAAAGUGGUCUAUUCCGGGGACACCAUGCCCUGCGAGGCUCUGGUCCAGAUGGGGAAAGAUGCCACCCUCUUGAUACAUGAAGCCACCCUGGAAGAUGGUUUGGAAGAGGAAGCAGUGGAAAAGACACACAGCACGACGUCCCAAGCCAUCAACGUGGGGAUGCGGAUGAACGCGGAGUUCAUCAUGCUGAACCACUUCAGCCAGCGCUACGCCAAGGUCCCCCUCUUCAGCCCCAACUUCAACGACAAAGUGGGAAUUGCCUUUGACCACAUGAAGGUCUGCUUUGGAGACUUUCCAACAAUGCCCAAGCUGAUUCCCCCACUGAAAGCCCUGUUUGCUGGCGAGAUCGAGGAGAUGGAGGAGCGCAGGGAGAGGCGGGAGCUGCGGCAGAGCAGGAUCUGCUGUGCUCCACCUUGGAGAAGGCUCUCUGCUGUAGUGUGGCAGCUGCCUGGUACCCGAGUGGCUUGGAAGUCAGCUCCCAUCAUAGUGAGCACCUCUGGAACCUGUCCUCAGAGAGCCACCCUUAUUCGCCAACCAAACUAGAGAACAAAUUUCCCAUCCACAGGAGUGGGCUGCCUUCCCAGUGGUGAGAGGUAUCGCUGCGGCUCUCUGAGCAAGAGUGAGUCAGUGGGGCAGGGUCCAGCAGAGGAUGACUCCAGUUCAAUUUGCUGUAAUGGACAGAGGAGCCCUGACCCAGGGGCAGGUCCUCGGGAUGGAAAACUGACUUUUGGCUGAAGCUGUCCAGUGGCUUCUGGCUCCCGUAACAGUGGUAUGUGAGCAAAUCCUCCGGCCGCAGAACCCUUGUUUCUUCAUUACUUUAUAUGUUGUGCCUCAAUCCUGCAUCCUUGCUGCUGAGGCUUUCUUCUCAUUCUUGUUUCUUUCUAGAAUCGUACCCUCUGGUCUAAGCAUGUAUGGAUCGACUGCAUUUUUCAUUGGUUUUUUUUUUUUUUUUUGGAGACGGAGUCUUGCUUUUGUCGCCCAGGCUGGUGUGCAAUGGCGUGAUCUCCGCUCACCACAACCUCCAACUCCCAGGUUCACGCAAUUCCCCUGCCUCAGCCUCCUGAGUAGCUGGGAUUACAGGCGCACGCCACCACGCCUGGCUAAUUUUGUGUUUUUAGUAGACACAGGGUUUCUCCAUGUUGGUCAGGCUGGUCUCGAACUCCCAACCUCAGGUGAUCUGCCUGCCUCAGCCUCCCAUAGUGCUGGGAUUACAGACAUGAGCCACCAUGCCCGGCCAAUCAACUGCAUUUUUCAAAGCACAUCAUUGCCCUGACCUCCUUUGCCUUACCUUCAUUUCCCUUUUCCCAAUCACCCCAUAGAAUGACAAAUCCAUUAUACCUUUAAUUGAAAAUGAAUUGGUAAAGACAAUAAAUUCAAACGUCCAGGAGAUACUUGAUGGGCAAAUAUCUUGAGAGAGUGAUCACUAACCUGUUAGGCUUAAGUGAGGACUGGCUGUGUGUGGGUCUGAUUUUUUUUUUUUUUUUUGAGAUGGAGUCUCACUCUGUCACCCAGGCUGGAGUGCAGUGGCGCGAUCUCGGCUCACUGCAAACUCCGCCUCCCAGGUUCACGCCAUUCUCCUGCCUCAGCCUCCCAAGUAGCUGGGACUACAGGCGCCUGCCACCACGCCCAGCUAAUUUUUUGUAUUUUUGGUAGAGGCGGGGUUUCACUGUGUUAGCCAGGAUGGUCUCCAUCUCCUGACUUCAUGAUCCACCUGCCUUGGCUUCCCAAAGUGCUGGGAUUACAGGCGUGAGCCACGGCGCCCAGCCAUGUGUGUGGGUCUGAUUCUAGAAGAAAUUAUCUUGUAAGUCCUAAGGGAGAGGUCAGAAGCUCUUCCUUCACCCUGCCCCACCCCUACUCCCUCCAAGGAACAAGGUCUGUUAGGAGGACACCUCAUGUAUUCGCUGGGUGUGUCAGUCUGCAGUGUGGACAGAAGGACAUGCCCUUCAGAAUCCUACCAACGUGGACUCAAAUUUCUAUCCUGCCACUUACCCGCUGUAUUCCCUGGGUCAACUUAUUCAAACAUCUUCUAUGCAAUUGGAGGAAAAAGAUUUUCUCUGCAGCAGUGUAAUAAUUAAAUAAGAUCAUGCAAGUCAAGUACUACAUAAUCAUGACAUAAUAAAACCACUUAACUUUCCAAUUUCA